GACCUGACAUCUGACUGUAGUACUAGGAAGUGUUUGUGAGUUGGAGCUGCUGAGAUGGAUGAAGAUGGGCUCCCUAUAGUUGGGUCUGGGAUAGACCUCACUAAGGUCCCAGCCAUCCAACAGAAGAGAACUGUGGCUUUUCUGAAUCAGUUUGUGGUGCACACUGUUCAGUUCCUCAAUCGCUUCUCAACUGUGUGUGAAGAGAAACUAUCAGCUCUUUCACUACGCAUUCAACAGAUUGAAAUAACUCUCAAUAUUUUAGAUGCAAAGCUUUCCUCCAUACCUGGCUUGGAAGAUGUGAAAGCUGAAACCCAACUUCUGCCUACCAAUCUUACCAAUGGACACGUACCAUCACAGCCCGAUACAGAAUCCCUAACAGUUUCACCCCAGUCAGAUACUUUUUCAUACUGUUGGCAGGUGGUGCAGCAGAAUUCCAUGAAUGACAAUGCAUCACAGAAAGAAGUACAGACAGACAGUGUUGCAACUGUGGCUAAAGAUCCUAGAUAUGCUAGAUAUCUGAAGAUGGUCCAAGUGGGAGUACCUGUGAUGGCCAUCAGAAAUAAAAUGAUUGCAGAAGGACUUAAUCCAGAUCUUUUAGAGACUCCAAAUGCCCCAGUUCCUGAUGGGGGACUUGAAGCAGACGGCAGCUCUGACAGUGAAUCUUCUUUUAGUGACCAAAGCUGCUGAAGCUGCUGGACUGUAUGAACAUCUGUAUGAAUCCUGUUUGGUCAUGCCAGUGAUA